GGAGGGGGAAUAACACACUCUCACUCACACCUUCCACACAGCUUCUGCUACACUGAGGCAGAUCUUGACAGUGUGAGGAGGAAGAUGCAUGUCUUCAACAGAGGACAGGACAAUAGCUCCUAAAGCUGCAGAGACAAAUACAUGCCAGGACUACAAACACAGAGAAAGAAAGACAGAGCCCAGAGGGAAGGGCAUUUCAGAAAGGGCAGAACAGGGCGGAAGGUUUAUUCUGGUGCUUAAAAAGGACCGAAAGCAAUCCUAAAAAAGCUGCCUUCUGGGGAUUCUCAGCCUCUCUGCAUACGCACACUCUGUCUCUUUCUGUCUGCAGAAGCCUCUCUCUGCUGCUGCUGCUGCUGCUGCUGCUGCUGAGGUUAUAAUCUCCACAAAAGACUGCUUUACAGACCAAGAACAUGAGUGAGGCGAAGAAAGGUGAGCUUGCCAUCCGGGAUAAAGCCAUCCUGCACCAGCAGAGGCGUCUGAAGCAGGCCACCCAGUUCUCACACAAGGACUCAGCUGACCUCCUGCCCCUGGACGGGCUGAAGAGACUCGGCACAACCAAGGACUUGCAACCUCACAUCGUGCAGCGCCGCCUGAUGGAGGGGAACAUGACGCGGCUCCGGAGCGAGGCCCGGGACGCCAACGCCAUGACCCGCUCCCCGCUGGCCGACGCCAAGGACAGAGCGGUGGACGCUGAGGAGAGGAGCGAGAGCACCGCCGAAGACUCCACGGAGGAGAGGGAGUCUCUGGAGGAGAGCGAGAAGAGCCUGCGGUCGGACGAUGAAGACGACAGCAGCGAGGCAGGGGCCAGACAGAAGAGCCCCACCCUGCUCACUGCCCUAGUGGUUCAAUGCAAGUGCUGCGAGACGGAAGUGAAGGCCUCCAUCAACACCGGCUGCCAACACAACCACAUCUCCAGCUCCUGCUGCCAGAGGCUGGGACUGGUGCCAAGUUCACCAUGUGGGGGGAGCAGCUCAGUGACGGAUCUGCAGCUGCAGCUGGGCAGACAGACUGUCCAGUGCACAGCAUAUGUCAAAGAGGACGAGGCGUUUGAGCUGUGCCUGGGUCUUCAGACAUUGUUGGAACUUAAAUGCUGCCUGGACCUGAACAGCCGGGUCCUGAAGCUGCAGGGAGAAGAAAUUCCCUAUCUGAACCCUUCGAACGACAGCCUGUGCCAACACGACACCAACGAGAACCUGUGAGCCCGACUCCACCGAGGCCUCCACCUCUAAAUCUGACCGGCUGCAGCAACGUGGCGCGAUACAGAGUCUAAUCACAGUGUCCGUCACACUGCCAGAACAUGGAUGAGCUACCGUCUUUCUUGAGUUUGCAUCAUUGUGUUUGUAGAAUUAAGACAUUCACUAUGAUUAUCUAUUACAUUAAAUUAGUCUAGUUUUCAGAGCAGGUGUAAGCCUGUUUUGUGCAGAUCGAAUCUGAGGGUCUAAUCAUUCUUUAUGAUUAUAUUAUAUAUUCAACUUAUACUAUGUUGAGCUGCGAGAGUACAAUGAUGCUCUCUAAAAUGGAAAAAUCAUUAUAAUAUUUUAAAUGGAAUUUUAGUGGAAUAUUUCGUGAUUUGGCUGUACAAAAAUGACUUUAAAUUAUCAAAUAAAUGAAAAAAGUGUUAAGUGUAAAUCAUUUCAGUUUAGUUGGUUUGAGAGUAGACUAAUUGUUUUACAUUUUGGGAGCCAUGGCAGUUAAUUUUCUUAGAAAGUGAUAUGAGGAGAUACAACCAUCAUGUCUGUAUGGGAAACAUGAUUUUGCAGCCAGUAGCCAGUUAGCUUAGCAUAAAAACAGGAAACGGGAAACAGCUAGCCUGGGUCCGACCAAAUGUAAGAAAAAACAACCACUAAUUUCCUUUGACUCGUAUACGUACAUAAAAAACUAGUCGAAAAACUAGUCGAAAGAAAGCGAGAAAACUGUCAGAUUCACUUUUUUAAGACUAACGUUGGGACAGAGCUAGCUAGCUGUUUCUUUAUGCUAAGCAGCUGCUAGCUGUAGCUUCAUAUUUACCGUACAGACAAGAUUGUGUCAAGAUUGUGAAUAAGCAUAUUUCCCAAAAUGUUAAACUAUUCCUUUAUAAACCAACGUGACCCCUCUAACAAGUAUUGGUACUCAGGAACCCCCCUCCUGUGUGUUAAAGGAGAUGUUCAGAUGCCUUGAAGUUUUUUGAAGUCUUGUGUAAUUAGGCAAAGAUCAGGCUACCUCUAGAAGAAACAAAGACCGGUUCUCAUCUUGAAUUUCAAACGAGAGAUCUGAGGAUAAACUCCUUUCCUGAUGUAAUUAUAUUCUGCUUUAUGAAACCCUUCUGCUCUUUCUGUCCCUAUCAAAAGACUGAAGGGGGGAAGUAGUCCAGACUGUCACAACCGCCUUGCCUGAAUUACAAGUACCGGUAGUUCCCUAUAAGUCCUUUCAAAUAAAAAUAGACUUCAGGCCAGCCAGAAAAAACAUAUUUGAGACAGCUACAGAAAUCUCAAAAACAUUCCAUCUGCAUGACUUUGUAAAGUUCUGCCUUUGUAUAAGUCUGCAUGUUUGUGUACUAGUCUGAAGUGUCUGCAGGGGCUGUGUGUGUGUGUGUGUGUGUGUGUGUG